UGCAACGUUUCGUGGUGACUGCCACUUCACCUGGAAUGAAAGAAGAAGACUUGUAAACAAAAGAAAACCUUCCGGAAUCCGGAUUGCGGAAAACAAAAUAAAUCUUCAAUCCGUUUUAUUUCUGAAAUUAAGAUGCCCACGCUUAUAGCCCUGGAUGCAUCGCUGUCGAUGCUGCGUCCAGUUCCAGGAAGAAAUGAUCACACCUACCUAUCGCUGGCCAUCAAGGGAAUCCAGCACUUGCUGGACAAUCUCACAGCCGCCGGAAAACUGGAGCACCUUGCUCUGCUUUCGUACACAACCACAGCGGAACUAAAGGUGGACUUUACCAGGGACUACGAUCAGAUCCGGCAGGCUGUCAAGAAGGUGGAGCCAGUGGACAAGGCCUGUCUGCUGACCAUGCUGAAAACCUCAGUUUCCAUAAUGGCCACUUGGGGCGGAGCCCCUAACAUUCUCCAGCUGGUUGUGUUCACUGACUGCGGCCUGGGUUUUGGAAGCACCUCGAUAUCUAGUUUCCUGGACACCACCCUCGCCGACAAGGAGGAGGAGCCGGAGUUCGCCUGGCUGACAACCUUGACCAACUAUAAUCUGAACUUCAUUUGUCUCGGUCUACAUGGGGAUCACUACUUCACCAGGGGAUUAGCGGUGUACCAGCAGCUGUUGGACAAAGCGGGUUUGAAGGGUCAGUUGUUUAUGCCCAAACCGACGAAAGCAGCUGAUACCACUGACGGAACAUCAAAUCCCAUUUCGAACUCCAGCCACAAGAGUGAACUGGGGCGGACCGUUGUCUUCGAGCUAGUUGAACGUUUGUGCGAAGCCAGCUACAAGUCCACCGAGGUGGUUCUCAAGUGCGGCAGCUAUUUCCGUAUGGAGGCGCCAGUGCUGCUCUGGCCACCCACGUCUCCUUACGAACAACCUUCUCCUGUUUUUGGGCGAGAUCCCACAAUUCGUCACAUCGACCAAAAGAUUGAGGUCUGCGGAUUUCUGGCUCUUUCUGACAUCGGAUCUCCAGCCACAUUGAGUCGUCAUUGGGUCUUGCCGAAGGUGGAGCGCGAAAAGAACGCAAGUCGUCGGUCUGGAGGAGGAGGUGUCACAACCAAGCCACCAAAGCUAACUUUGGACGCAAACAAUCCCAACUUUGAGCUGGAAAAGUUGGAAAACGAUAUACGUGACUUUUACGCCAAGGAUCCAAAGGACACGGAAGAAAGUGGCGAUGACGCUGAUGUCACCAUUGUAAUGAAACAUUCUUCUGGUCCUCCGACCGAGCAGCAAAAGGAAAACAUCUGCGUGUUGCUUCAUGGGGCUCUUAAACUGGAAAACAUGGCCGCGUUGGUGCUAGUGGGUGAAAAGUGGUAUGGAUUCAUCUAUGCCUAUACUGACAACAAAAAGAAGUCAAAUCUUAUGCUGAACGUACUUCCACCCGGAACAAAUGUCAUACCGUGGAUCGGAGAUCUGGAACUACUCGGGUUCGCCGAGGACCUAGCGCCAGGAGAGACAGCCAGUUUUCCAGUGCGAGCCGAUCGCCGGUCAUAUUCCCAGAGUAGUGUUGUUUGGAUCCGGCAAGCUAGCCUACAGUCGGAUGUCCAGAAGGUUCUACGGCAUGCCAAAAAGAUGCCCGACAAGACACAGCACUUCUACAAGGAGCUUAAUCGCAUCAGGCGAGCUGCACUCGCCCUGGGAUUCGUCGAAUUGUUGGAAGCACUGGCCAUGCUGCUGGAGAAGGAGUGUGCUCAUCUCACUAUGAAUGGGGCUAGUAGUGAGUGCACCUUGCAGCUGCAACAUGCUGCUACAGAGCUUCGGAAAACUUCGAAUAGAGACAUAAAGUCCACGAUUGUUCCAUUACAGAAGGGAGCACCCGAAGCGGGAAGCGCCCCUGCCCCCGGAUAUAUGUAUUAAAUAAACUAAAGUUUUAUUUUAAA